UUUCUGGAGAGCAUUGAAUAAUUGAAUAAGCAUAGUUUUCUCCUCUGAAAUUUUUUGAUUAAAACACGAUGAAUAAUCGAAUUGUGAUAUGUGGAGGAGGAUUAAUGGGACUUUCUGUUGCUUAUAACUUGGCAAAGCGAGGUGUCAAAGAACUUUUUCUCUUCGAAAGGAAUUGUAUCGGUUCUCAUAAUUCUUCACGGGUUAACACAGGAUUAUUUGUAAGUCCAAUGUUUUAUUCUGAGCCUUCUCUCCGUUCAGUUGCUCGCAAAUCAUUAAAUAUUUAUAAUGAAUUGGCUGCUACAGGAACAUUUGAGUUCAAUAAAUGUGGCCGAGUUUAUUUAUCAUCCAGUGAUGAAUCAGAAACGCAGGCACGAAGAUUACUUACUCGAUUAGUUACUGAUCCUUCAAGUUCUUUUCAAGUUGAAGCAAUUGACUGUCCCAGUGAAAUGUUAGCAAGAUGGCCUAUGCUUGCAACAGAGGAUGUUAAGUUAGCCGUUUUCUCCCCUUUGGAUGCAACAAUUGACGUUUCUGGACUUUCUCGUAUUUUGGCUGACAAUUGCAGAGAAAUGGGAGUUCAAAUUUUUGAGAAUUGUUCCAUUAAAAAAGUUUUGAUAAACGAGGAGAGCAGAGUAUAUGCUGUUGAUACUGAUGAAGGUUUUAUCGAUGUAAUGGCUUUUGUUGACGCUGCUGGAAUUGAUUCUAGUCUUGUUGAUGUUUUGGGACUUCCUGAUGCUGACCAUCCGGUCAGAAUAGCUGCUCAUCCUUGUUCAUUUACUUUUCUUUCUACUGAUCCUUUACCUCAUUGUCAAUCAUCUAGUCAAUCACAACCUGUUUUUGUUUGUAUGGACGAGAAUACUUUUAUUUGCCCGUUAAAGACAAAAACAAUUUGUGGAGGUUUUACAAUGGAAGGUGGUGAUUUACAAGCAUUACCUCCAGCUUCACAAACUUCUAAAGGAUCGGUGACUGAAUGGCAUAUGCCAACACCUGUUUGGGAUAAUUUUCGCAUAAUUCUUCGCCAUUUGAUUGACAGAUUUCCUGAAUUGGCUCAAUUAUCACGUGGGGAACUAAUGACUAGUGUAGAAAUGUACACGCCAGAUAUGAAGCCUCUUAUUGGAGAAUCCGAUCAGGCUAAAGGUUUUUUCCUUGCUACUGGUCUUAAUGGACAAGGUGUCUCGUUUGCUGGAGGUUUGGGUUCAGUGCUUGCAGAAUGGAUUUUGAGCGGAUCAAGUAGCAUUCCUGUAGAUAAAUUGGAAUUAACUCGAUUUCUUCCCUUGCAUUCUAAUCCGCAUUAUCUUUAUUUACGUGUGCCGGAAAUUGCAUGUAAAUUUUAUUUUUAUUUUAAAUGCUUUCUUUUGAACCGGGGAUCUUGA